AUGGCUGUUCCUGACGAAGCCAAGCUAAUGUCAGCGCUACGUCAGCACCUCCCCGUAGAAUCCGGGAAGUUCCGCAUCGCGCGGGAUUCGCGCGUGGGAUUGGUGAUCGUGGAUGAAGUCAACGGCUUUUGCACUCCCGCCGCGGGGAAUCUGGCCCCUUCUGUGAGAGACGAGCAGAUAGAAAACAUGGUGUCGCGAACAUCCUCGCUGGCCAAUGACAUGCUGACACGUGGCAUGCCUGUACUGGCCUUCCUGGACACCCACGAGGCGGACAAGCCAGAGCCACCAUACCCCCCUCACUGCGUGCGAGGCACGGGGGAGGAGAAGUUGGUAGAGGCCCUGGCGUGGCUUGAGAGGGAAGCAAGCAGGGGAGGAGAAACCGCUACAGCAGCCACAGAUGCUGAUGGCCGUGUGACUAGAGGCAGUGUGACUUUAAUGGAGAAGGACUGUAUUAAUGGGUUUGUGGGCGGCAUACAAGCAGAUGGGACAAACGUUGUGACGCAAUGGGCGAUCAAGCACCAACUGGAACAUAUAAUCGUGGUUGGCAUAUGCACAGACAUUUGUGUCAUGGAUUUCGUGCUGACUGCACUGUCUGCCCGGAACCACGGGCUGUUCGGGCAGCAGCUGAAAGAAAUUGUGGUGGUUGCUCCUGCCUGCUCCACAUACAACCUGCCCCGGCCCGUUGCUGAGAGCCUUGGGAGGGGCGCUACUGCAUCGCAUCCUCAGGAUGCCACCCAUCACUUGGGUCUCUAUUUCAUGCAUUCUCGAGCGGCUGCAGGAGCGGACGAUGCGCCAAUCAUAGUGCCGGAGAUGAUAGAGGGCGCGGAGGUGGUGCCCAAGGGGCCUGACGCGGAAGACGCGGUGCUGCUGGACGCAUUGACGGAGAUGGGGACUGCCCUUAGCGAGCAGAUGGCGAAAGGGCUGGCCAUAGCAGAGGGAGCGGAGGCGGAUCUAGUGGACGAGGUGGAGAGGGGCGUGGGGCUGGUGGAGGCCAUGGCAGCCCAGCCCAACGCCACCCUGUCGGAGCGAGCCAUGAUCAUGGCGCAGGCAUUGCUGCAGCAGGUGGAGCAGGCAGAGGCUAUCAUUGCGAAGCGCAUGGCAGCAGGCAGCAGUGUAGCCUCUGUAACAUCCACUCGAGAAGGCAUACUCGCUACAGUACCACUCGAUAAGAGCAUAAAGCGCACUGACCUGAACGACUCGUUUCUCAACUACCACAAAACCAUCUACCCCGGGCAAGUGAAACUUCGCUGCAUGGGCGAACCCUGCCCGAGCUUCGGCUCCUGCGGUGACUCCUUCCCGACCGUGCGCGCCUGUUUCCGCCCGGAAUUCGCCGACGAAAUUUACUACCGCCCGGACCAGCCGGAAAACUGCCCGAAAUUGUCGCACGCAAACGAGUCAGGGGAGCUUGGGGCGGACCCUCGGUGUACUCACAAGACGGAUCACCACUGGCACGAUGCGAUGGUGUUUCAGCUGUUUGAGCUGCGCGACAUGUUCAUCAACGUGAAUGGGCUCGUGUUCAACCGCUCCCUCCACUUCGAUCGCCACGGCUGCUUUCGAGACCUCGAGUUUGACUACAAGGCAGGGGAGGCCCAGGUGAUGAAGCUGCACCGGGUGGUGUCCCUCGCGUACAACCACGCAGUGGCCUUCUACCACUCGCUCGUGGAGUUCUUCCCCCAGUUCCUCAUGCUCGCUGACCUGCUGCGCGCCAACCCUGACAUCCCCAUCGUCUUCCGCCGCAGCCAGCUGGCCUUCUACAACGAGAUGGUGAAGUACCUGGUGGGGCUGGAGACGACGCAGAUGAACCUGAUAGUGGUGGAGGACACACACCGCUCCAAGCUCAUCCAUGCCGAUGUUGUCUACCAGCCCGUGUACCAGGGGUGUGGCAAGCCCAGCCCCAGCCUGUGGCGCCAUCUGCGUCUCAACUACCUCCUCCCCCCCGACGGCCUGCCCCUCUUCUCCUCCCCCUGGCGCCUUCGCUCCCACUCCCCCGGCCCGUUUUCCGACGCGCGGGCUGCUGUGCUGCCAUCAAACUGGGUGGUGGUGAUGGCAAGGCGGCCGGGGAACACGCGCAAGAUGGUGGGGUUUGAGGGGCUGCUGGAAGCAGUGGAAGGGCUUUUUGGGAAGGACAGGGUGGUGAUUUUCAAUGGCUCUAUACCCAUCCUGGAAGCCAGGGCACUCUUUAACCGAGCAGCGGUCUAUAUUGCAUCGCACGGAGCAGCCAUGGCGAACCUGGUCUUCAUGCCCUCUGCCUCCUGUGUGCUUGAGAUCCGCCCUCGGGAAUACCUCAACGCCUGCUACCACCACCUCGCCUCCGCCUCCCAGCAGAAAUACUUUUUAGUUUUCGGGAACGGCACCAAGGACACCCCACUCGAGUUUCACCUGCCCGACGUGCUGCCCGUGCUGAAAAAUAUUUCGGAAUACACCUUGAGGAGGGUUCGGGAGCAGGAGGAGGAUCCGCUAUUGGAAGAGGGGAGGGAGUGGGUGGAGAGGCUAGCAGAGGGAGGAGGGAAGAGCGCGAGAGAGAUGGGGUUUGUCACUCCUAUAGACGAGGGUUCAGUCAAGGAAGGGACGAUGCCCGAAGAUUUUAUCCGGGCAGAAAUGGACAAUCUGCACCUGAACAUGGGCUCGACCCACUCCCCGAACAUGCUUUCCCUUGAGUGCCCGGGCAACUCCUGCCCGGAUUUCUCGGGCAGCUGCGACAUACGGCCGGAUGCGUCUGCUUGCACGCCGGCCGCAGGAUGGAGGGACGAGGGGUUUCCAAAGCCGCCCGUGCCGGUGAACUGCCCGAAGGAGGACCGGUCGCACAUGGGGCCCGAGGGGAGGAAUGAAAGCUGCACCCAUGCUGCUGACUUCUUCUGGUUCGAGUGGCAGAUCUUCCAGGUGUACAAGCUGCGCAACGUGUACAUCAACGACGAGGGUCUCAUGUUCAACAAGACAACGCACUUCCACCGCGAGGGCUGCAACUGGGACAGCGAGUUUGAGUACAAGAAAGGAACGAAGAUAAAGAGGAUCAAGAGGGUGGUGAACCUGGUGUACCGGCAGGCCUCCUCCUUCUAUCACGGGCUCAUCGAGUGGACGCCCCAGCUCCUCCUCCUCGCCUCCACGCUCCACACCGCCCCCACGCUCCCGCUGCUCGCUCACGCUGGCCAGUGGGACUUUUACCAGCACGUCGCACAGCCGCUGUUGGGCAAUGAUCUUUCAAAGUCUGCCGUUCUGAACAUUAGCGAUGGAGAGAUUUACUUUGCGGAGGAGGUCUAUGUGCCGCUGUACCAAGCAUGUGGCAAGGCCAGCCCGUCCAUUUGGACGGACAUUCGCCACCGCUUCCUCUUGCCGCCCAAAGGCCUCCCGGUGUUCCGCAACAACCAAUGGGACUUGCGCCACGUCAGCACCCUCAAUUCCGCCAAUGCCUCCGUGAUCCCCCCUGAUUGGCUCGUCGUGGUCGCCCGCCGCCCGGGCACCAAGAGGGCGCUGGACAAGUUUGAUGCGCUGCUGGAGGCUAUAAAGAGGAUAUUUGGCCACACGCGCGUGCAAGUGUUUGACGGGUCGAUUCCCAUCCUUUCCGCACAAAAACUCUUCCGGCGGGCUCGCCUCUUUGUGGCGGGUCACGGGGCAGCCAUGGCCAACAUGGUCUUCAUGCCAGCCAACGCUACAGUGCUCGAGAUUCGCCCCGAUAAGUACGAGAACGCGUGCUACCACCACCUGGCGUACGCGUGCGAGCUCCGGUAUUAUCUGACGUUUGGCAAGGGGGACUUCGAGAGCCAGGUUCAGGUUGACUUGGGGGAGGUUUCCGGCAUUUUGCAAGGGAUCAAAGACGGGUUUGCGCCACUGCCAGGUGAAGAGCACCCGAAUUUCAGUUAA